GGGGGGGCAGAGGGUCUGUCGGGAGCCCCCGGCUCCCCUGAGAAGACGGCCUGCUGCCAUGUCGCUGCCAGCGAGUCCCCCGACUCUCCACCGCCUCUCGGGGCUUCUUGUCACACGUUCUUUCCUGUCUGUCACCUGCCCUGCAGCAGCUCUAAAUGGGGGGCUGCAGGGAAGGCUGCCGACUCUAGGAAAGGGGGCUCGGCUCCCGCCCAUAACAUGGCGCUAACGGCAGGCUGGCUUGUGCUCUUGUUGGCCCCAUGAAAUGGCGGAGAGCCGUGUGGAGUUCUGUGGCCAACCUCCAUCGCGCCCAGCCGUGCUUGGAGCCCUUCGACUCCGUUGGCUGUGCUGCAGGAGGGCGUGCUUGAGCUCCGGAGCUCGGUGUGGAGGGAGCUUCGGCCCGACGUUCAGAGGGUCUCCUGCGUCCGUGACCUUCAAGGACGUGGCCAUCGACUUCACCCCGGAAGAGUGGAGACGCCUGGACGCCUCCCAGAAGGAGCUGUACCGAGAGGUGAUGCUCGAGAACUACAGCAACCUGGUGUGCCUGGGACUCGCAGCCUCCAGACCAGCCCUGAUCUCCCGUCUGAAGCAAGGGAAAGCACCCUGGGCAGCCAAGAAGCACCUCCAGGCGGGCCUGUGGCCAGAUUGUGAGACUGAGAUUGAAACAAAGGUGUCAGCUAUAAAGCUGGAUAUUUCUUUAAACGAAUCAUCCUCAGAAGGAAUCACAAAGCAUUAUUCCUGUGUCACCAAGUUUGGAAGAGUUUGGCAAUGUUCUUCCAGUUUAGGGAAACAGCGCAACAAUAAGGAGGAAUAUGUUAAGCCAAUAAAAAUCUCUAGGAGCAAAAUUUCCAGUAACGUGAGAAGUCAUGAAUGUUACGAACAUGACAGAAGCUUAAGUCCAUCAUCCAUCCUUUUUCAACAAAGAGUUUCUCUGGGAGAGUGUUCCAAUCAAUGUGAUACUCAAAGAAACAUCUUCAGAGUGUGUUCAGACCCAAAUAUGUGUAAUAAAAUUGACUCAAAGAAGACACUUUGGAAACCUAAUAAUUGUGAGAAGUUUGUCACUCACAAUUCUGGCCUUAAUGAGUAUGAUAGAAUACAUGCUGGUGAGAAACUUUAUGAAUACAAGGAAUGUGAAGGAGCUUUAAACCAGAGUUCAUCCCUUGCUGUGCCUCAGACGAUUCAUACGACAGAGAUUCACAAACAUAAUGACUAUAAGAACUUCCCCUGUAUUUCAGAAUUUGAUGAACGAGCAAUUGAUGAUGAAAAGAAAACCUAUCAAUAUAACGAAUAUGGGAAAGCCUUCCAUCAGGAAACAGAACAUACACCAAGCCAGAGAGUUCAUUCUGAAGGGACAUUUUAUGAAUGUAUUGAAUGUGGGAAGGUCUUUGCUUGGAAUUCAAGACUUGCUUUACAUCGACGAAUUCAUACGGGAGAAAAACCUCAUGAAUGCGGUGAAUGUGGAAAGGCCUUCAACCAGAGAAUACACCUUACUCAACAUCAGAAAAUUCAUACUGGAGAAAAACCUUAUGAAUGUAAUGAAUGUGGGAAGAAGUUCAACCAGAAAAUACACCUCAUUCUGCAUCAAAGAAUUCAUACAGGAGAGAAACCUUAUGAAUGUAAUGAAUGUGGAAAGGCCUUUCGCAGGGGAGAACAACUUACUCGACAUCUGGCAAUUCAUACUGGAGAGAAACCUUUUGAAUGUAAUGAAUGUGGAAAGGCCUUUUGCCAUAGGAUACAACUUUCUCAACAUCAAAGAAUUCAUACUGGAGAAAAACCAUUUGAAUGCAAUGAAUGUGGAAGAGACUUCAGCCGGAGCACAUACCUCACUGAACAUCAGAAAAUUCAUACUGGAGAAAGACCAUUUGAAUGCAAUGAAUGUGGAAGAGACUUCAGCCGGAGCACAUACCUCACUGAACAUCAGAGAAUUCAUACUGGAGAAAGACCUUUUGAAUGCAGUGAAUGUCCUAAAGCCUUCCGUUGCAAAAGACUACUUACUCAGCAUCAAAGAGUUCAUACUAGAGAAAAACCUUAUGAAUGCAGUGAAUGUGGCAAGACCUUUUGUCAGAAAUCAGGGCUUAAUCAACAUAAAAAAAUUCAUAUUAGAGAGAAAAAUCUUACGAAUUUAAUAAACAUGGGAAGUUCUUAAGUCUGAAUAUCAGAGAAAUGUUGUCAAGAAAAAAACCUUAUCGAUGCAAUAAUAUGCAUGCAAAUGAAUAUGGCAAGGCUUUUGACCAGAGAAUAAUCUUUAAUCAACAUUACUGGAGGAAAACAUUAGAAAUGUAAUGAACAAGAGAGUUUGAGUUCUUUUACAUCAGAGAAUUCAUACUGGAGAAGGAACUUGCUAAGUUAUGGCUUAAGAAGAUGAUGUCAGAAGUCAGAUUAGAAAAUUUUAGAGUUGGAGGGGAUCUCAGCAGCCAUCUCAUCUGGCCUAUAUCUGAAAGGAUUCACCACUAUAACUAUAACGUACCUGAAGAGUGGUUGUAUAUUGAUAUUGUAUAGUGUUUUGAUAACUUCGAAUUACCGGGGGGAAUUCAUGACUUGUGGUUUACCAUUCUACUUUUGGACAGAUUUCUUUGUAAGAUGUCCCUUUACUGGCAUUAAGGUUAAAUUCUCAUCUUUAUAAAAUUAGCCCAUUGCUUCUUAAUCAGUCCUUGCAGACCGGAACAAGUAAUCAACUAUCUACAUUAUAUCCUUCAAAUACUUUAACUGAAGUGGCAGAUUAGCCCAGAACCUUCUCCAGGAUAAAUGCCCUAAGGUUUUUUUAUCUUUCUUUAUAUAACAUUGGUUAAAGGCUCUUUACUCUUAUAAUUUUAUCUCCUCUAGAGACUCUUAUCCUUCUGAAGCUAUGGCACUGAGAUCCAAACUGUCUUCCACGUAUGGUUCAACUAGGACUUGAGAACAGAACUAUUAAUUUUUUAUUUCUCUGAAAUAUUACUCUUAAUAUGGUACAAAAUAUGAUUUUGCAACUUCUAAAUCGCACUACUGACUCAUUUUGAGCUUAUAGUCUGUUCCUAUUCCCAGACCUUUUUUUUUUCAUAAACUGCUAUUCAGCCAUGCCAUCUCCAUUUUGCUUUUGAGAAAAAAAUCUUUUAAUUUAAGCAAAGCCUUUACAUUUAUGUCAGUUUAAUUCCACAUUAGUAGAUUUUGCCCAGUUUUCUACGCUUACAAGACAUUUUUGAAUCUUGGCAUUGCUGUUCCCAUGUCUUGGGUCUCCCUCCUUGCUUUCUUUAACUUAAAGAUUUGAUGAGACAUUUCAUUCAUCAAAUCUGCUCAUUGAAAAUUUAGCAAUGCCAACUUCAAAAGUAAAAUAUUAUUCUCGAAUUUAUCAGUAUUCAAAUUAUGUACUACAAAUGAUUUAAUUCAAAUUUAAUAGGCCUUUGCAUUUCAAAACUUAUUGAUUGAAACAAAAUAUCCUACAUGCAAAUGGUAGUAAACUAAUAAAGCAUUAGAAAAUACUGAAACUUUUAUGACUUGACAACAUUCAUCCUGUUCUCUUAAAACUACUGUUUGAAUUUUUGUGAUUCCAAAUAUCUAUUUCACUCUGGAAGUCCUUGAAGCUAUAUAAUACUGUUGUGAUCUCUGCAUAUAUCUUUGGCUUGUUUUCUCUUUCCAUUUGAUUCUUAAUUCUGUUCUGUAGGGUGUUUUUUUUUUUGUUUGUUUGUUUUUUUGCAAAUAUUUCCACAAGACCUAAGAUUAAGAUGACCAUUUGAAAGAUAGAGGAGCCCAGUUCUCCCACAUAUGCUGCAGCAGUGAUUUUAAAAUGGCACCAGAUGCAAUGAUUGAUAAAAUCAAAGAGAAAUAGCAGCAACAUCCUCCUUGGCUCAGCCUGUACUAAAAUGUGGCCAAAAGACUAGGAGUGAUGAGAGAAAUUCACCAGGAAGCCAACAUGAUCUUAUAUACCAGUGCCUGAAGCCUAUGGAUACUCUACAUGGACCCAUCAGAGGAAAAGUCAGUUUAAGAACUUCUAGUUCUAAAAGGUCUCAAGCCAGCAGUAAUCAGCCCUACAUAUCAAAACAGAAUCACUGGAGAGAAACAGAUACCAGAUAUUACUACACUGGAAAACUGGCUUGCCUUGCUGUCCCUCAAAGCACUGGAAGUGAAAGAUAAGAACAAUUCAGACAAGUGCUUUGAAAUGAGUUUAGCUUAGAACAACAACAAAAAAACAAGUUGUAGGUUCUCUACAAAGCGUAAUGGAGGAAGUAGAUCUUAAUUCACAAGAUGGCAAGAUAUAUUAGAACAACGUUUCAAGACUGGGAGGGAAAAUAAACGUGUUGAGUAUCUACUAUCAGAGAUAACUGACUUGGAAAAUAGGUUAAGAAGAAAGACUUUAAGAAUCAUCCAAUAUUCUGAAGACCAAACAAAAAUCCUGAAAACUAUUUCAAGAAAACUGCCCAGAUCUGUGUAUCAGAGGGAAGCAUCAGAUUAAACUAAACUGCCAUUAAAUAACGAGCUAUGAUGUUCCUAAGGAUACACAUUUACAAUCAUGGUAACUAUCCUGAAAAACUCACAUUGUUCUAUAAGAGAAGACAUCAAACAUUAAUAGAAUAGAAGGUAUCUGAAAUCAAGAUAAGCCAAGUAAGAUAAAUGUGCUUGAAAACUGAAGUUCCAAAACGGUGAUGAAAUGCUUACAAUCAGAUAGAGAGAAGGACCUUUCAGGAUCUUGAAGCCUUCUAGGGCUACAGAUAAAGGUCCCUUUGGGAUUUGUAUUGUUCUAUUUUGUUGUUUUGACAGUUUUAAGAGAUGAAGGAAAGAAAUAUACUAGGAGAGAAAUAAGGAAGAAGGGGAAACUAGUUGUUUAAAUGAGAUUACAGAAGAAGAUAGAAACAGGGUAGAGGGAGGGUCAGACCCAAGUUUCAUCUGAACUGGAAAUGGUGUUGAGCCAGAAAAAUGUAAUUUUUCAUAGAAAUACAUAAAACUCAAGAAAGAAGCCAAGAAUAUAAGCCUUUUUCUUCAAAAAAUUCUUUAUUAGAAAGGGUGAUUGAGUUGGGUGGUGAGGAAGGUACAGGUGAAAGUUUAAGUGGUGUAAAAAUUUUUAAACAAUUUAAAUAACUAGAAUAAGGGAGAUCUUUUUAAAAAAUGGAAACAAAGCAGAUAAAUAGAUCAGUGGAACAGACUAGACAAGGAAGAAACAAAUAAUAGAACUUGGGCUAUAAAUAAAUCCAGAAAUCUAUUACCUAGGAAAGACCUCCCUAACUGCUGGGGACAUUAGGAAGUAUUCUGGCAGGAAUUAGACCAACAUUUUGUACUGUAUUUCAUCAUUUCGAAAUAUAUUCAUGAGCUGAAUAUUUAGGAUCAUAGAAGGAGGAGCAAUUCAUAUGCCUUUCGUAGCAAUGACCCAAAAUUGGAUUCCUAACCAAAAAAAGCACAGACAAUUAUUUACAUUAGAUCAUUUUGCUUACAUGAAUUUGAAAAGCUUUUGCAUAAAUAAAGUUAACAUCUUAAGGAUAAGAGACCUGUCAACUGAUUGGAAAUCUUUGUACCACGUAUCUCUUGCUUGACAAAUGUUUGAUAUUCAAGAUAUCAGUAACAAAUACAUAGACCAAAAGCCAUUUCCAAUAGUUGUCAAAGACUAGAAAUAAUUCUUUUUAAAAAAAAGGCAUCGCUAGCUAUUAGCAGUCAUAGGAAAGAAUGUUCCAAAUCACUAAUAAUAAAGAUGCAAAUAAAACUA